CAGAUACAAGCAAGACAAGAUGGCCAAUGAUAUCGGUGUCGCAGACUAUAAUGACAGCAAUCGCGCAUUCCUUCAAGCCUUUAUGGCCCAUUCAUCUAUGACCCUUGAAGAAGCGAAGCCCAUUCUAGCAGCCAUCUUCUCAGCACAUGAAGCCGAGCCCGCUUCCCCUACCGACAUCACCGAAGAAGACUUCUUUUCGUACAUCGCAGCCGCCAACACCGCCAUCUCCCCCUUCGACCUCGAAAUCAGAAGCACCCUACGUCAGAUCCAGACGGACGGCGAUGGCACAACCGUACUGCCGGAACGAGUCUACGCUCUCGUGAACACGACCAGCGAUCCCUUCACUCAGCUCGCGACUACAUAUACCGCCGACGAAAUCGCCUUCAUCAAACGGUUGCUAGACGCCAUGUUCGAGACACAUAAUACCAGAAUCUCGGAGGCGAUGGUUGUAUCGGGGAUGCAGGCGAUGCAGCUGGCACGGGUGUCUUCUGCGGAUGCUGGUACAGGUGGUAGCCGAAGGGAAUCUAUGGGGACCCAGGGCGGGGCGGCACAGUCGCUGACCAUGUCGCAAGCGGAGACGGUCAUGCAGCAGUUGGUUGAUGAUGGGUGGAUGGAGAAGAGUCGGAAGGGGUUCUAUGGGCUCAGUCCGAGAGGACUCAUGGAGUUGAGGGGGUGGUUGGUUGCUACGUACAAUGACGAGAUGGAUGAUGGGAGACGGGCAGAUAAGGUUAAGUUCUGUGCUGCCUGUCGGGAUAUUAUUACUGUGGGCCAACGCUGCGCGAACCGCGACUGCGCCGGUCGACUGCACGAUUUCUGUAUCCGGAAUUUCUUUCGCAUGCAGCAGGCGGAGAAAUGUCCCGUUUGCAAGGCUGCUUGGCCGGGGGAUAAGUUUGUUGGGGAGAGGGCGGUUACUUCGACGGAUCGCUAUCUGCAGGGGAAGAGACGGAGUACGAAUACGCAGCGGCAGAGCGGUAAUGGAGCCUCUCAGCUGACUGCUGGGGAUGGUAAUGAGGAGAGUAGUGAGGAGGAUGUGGGAUGACUGCGUGGACAUUGGGCACCGUGACUAUCCGGUGAUCGAGUUCAUAAGCAUGUUCCUGGCACCCGUCCCUCUUGCUGUUCCUCCGCGAUGCUAUAUACCACAGGCAAGUCCAGAAUUUGCGCACUGCACACCGUCCAGAGCGCUAUAGAAUGCGACAGAAUGGUCGCUUCGAGACUGGGGAAGUUGUGCAUACUAGGCACUGUACACUGCAUGUAGCUUGCCUAUAUGGCCAAGCUAUAAGAUGUCAUAGCUAGAGGACUACGCAAGCCAAGAGCCCAGAAAUAAUCCC